CCCAGACACACACACGGGUGGGGCACUAUAAGACUAUAUAGCCAGCCUGCAGCAAGACGUGACAUGGCAUUGCUGUCUGCGCAGAACCUCCACAAUGAAAGGUAAGGAAAUGAUCUGCUAUUACAAAAGUCAUUACGGGUGGAUGCUGUGCUGGAUCCACACGCCGUGGGUGUUGUUGUCUGUAGAGCAGUUCGGGUUUCUGUGAUGGUAACUGGAGUCCCAGGCGGCACAAUCGCUCUCAGCUUGACGCGUGGAGCUGCAGGGUGCCGACCGCUUACUGUACUAACGAGACAGCUUCAGGUGAAAUGGACCUGCACUGAGGGAUUCAGAGAUGAAUGCUGUUGCUCCCAGAUGUGCUCUGAAAGCAGAUGGUCUUCAUACACAGGCACUGGUGGCUGACAGGAAGCUUCACACUGCAUUUACCCAAGUCUGUGCUGGAGCAGCCCGGGUAUACUGAUCCUGUCCCUUCUCUGCUCGAUGGUGGGCAGCUUCCUGGCACAGGACUAUGAGUGGGGUGGAAGUGAAGCAGGACAGGCCAGCAAGGACAUCUGUGUGACUGACUCUGCCUCCUGUGGGUGCUGUCUGAUGCAGCAGAGGAUGCAGCGCUUGGAGUGGAUCUUCAACCACACCAUGGACCAGCUGAGGAAAGACCUGGACCAGGCCAGCAAGAGACUGAACGACCUGAGAGCGAGCCAUACUGCGUUCUCCGCUGCGCUGUCUACCCGAACCGAGUGCGUGGGGCCCUUCAGAGACAACGCCACGCUGAUCUACAAGAAGGUGUUUGUGAACCAGGGCGGCACCUACAAUGAGCAGACGGGUGUGUUCACGGCCCCGCGCAGCGGCGUGUACAGCUUCUCCGUGACGGUGUUCAGCGACGCUGGCGCGCCCGGCGCCCGGCUCAACAUCUUCGCCCUGCUGCAGCGGAACGGGCAGGACCUGGCGGGUGUGCACGACGACAACUACGACGACCAGGAGGACAGUGCCACCCAGAGCCUGGCGCUGCAGCUGCAUGCCGGGGACCAGCUGUGGGUCAGGCUGGUGGCGGGGAGGGUGGUCUGCGACGAUGUGAGCCACUACAACACCUUCAGCGGCUUCCUCGUGUUCCCCACUGACCUGCUGUAACCCCCUUUAACAAGCACCCCACCCCACCCUAGACUCCCUGCUCUCUGCUCAACCCCACAGACUGGAUGCUAUGCAGCACCCCGUGCUUCUCUAUGCUUCUCCAAUGCCUGCUUUUAGAGCUUGAACGAAUUUUAUGACACCUUUCUUUCACUUUGCUGUCCUUUCACCGCACUAUACCACAGUCUGCCUGCACUAGCCCCUGCAUUAGCCACAGUUUACUCUGCAGACACUUGGGGAAGGUUGCGCAGCUGCUGUACGAGCAGCAGCUUCUGUUUCUCUACCCCGAGUGGCCACACGGUGGAGACAUUCCUCUAGUUCCUGCUGCAGCUCGAAGGUCACGCUGCUAAUCUCCCGUUCACGUUUGACGGAGUCAAAACAAAGAUAAAUAUGGAUUUGAUUGUGUGUUUGUUAGGCAUUCUUCCGCUUGUUCCUUGUAUGCUCUUUGAUAAAAUGUGCUGUAAUGCGAUCAAAUAGAUAAACAAGUGCUUGCUGUCUCGGUGCUGUGUUGCUGUGUCUGUGAAGA